GCAUUCGAAAAAACUUUAUUUACACUCAACCUCAAGAACAACCCGUCGUUUCAAAACAAACGAUAUUAAUAACUCGGAAAAGGCUGUAGUAGCUUCUUUUGGGAUAUCCCAGAUCCUGAGCGGCCAAUGGCAUCAGAGGAGAUGGAGGGUUUGUGCCCAUUACCAGAGGUGACCAGCAUCAAGGUGGAGCCGUCAGUCAGCAUUGGCUCAGCAGAGGAUGCCAACUCGCAGAACGCCAUGGGCAUAAAGUUUAUAUUACCCAACCGCUUUGACAUGAACGUGUGUUCGCGCUUUGUGAAGUCACUGAACGAGGAAGAGAGUAAAAAUAUCCAGGACCAGGUGAACUCUGAUCUGGAGGUGGCCUCUGUGUUAUUUAAAGCGGAGUGUAAUAUUCAAACUUCUCCCUCACCUGGUAUUCAGGUUAGGCAUGUUUACACGCCAUCAACCACCAAACACUUCUCUCCGAUAAAGCAGUCCACCACGCUCACCAACAAACACCGUGGAAAUGAGGUCUCAUCCACACCGCUGCUCGUUCACUCACUGUCUAUACAUCAGUUGGCGGCACAAGGAGAGAUGGUGUUCUUAGCCAGUCGAAUAGAACAAGAGUCUGUAAUAAACCUGCAGGAUGAGGAGGGAUUCACCCCACUGAUGUGGGCGGCAGCUCAUGGACAGAUCGCAGUGGUGGAGUUCCUGUUACAGAGUAGUGCAGAUCCUCAUCUCUUGGCCAAGGGAAGGGAGAGUGCACUGUCACUGGCCUGCAGUAAAGGGUACACAGAUAUUGUCAGAAUGCUUAUCGACUGUGGAGUUGAUGUCAAUGAGUACGAUUGGAAUGGUGGAGCACCGUUACUCUAUGCAGUGCAUGGCAAUUAUGUUCGCUGUGUGGAAAUCCUCUUAGAGAGUGGAGCUGACCCAACCAUGGAGUCUGACUCUGGGUUCAAUGCUAUGGACAUGGCUGUGGCGAUGGGACACCGAAAUGUCCAACAGGUCUUGGAGGGCCAUCUUCUGAAGCUUCUGCAAGGUAUCAAAGAAUAACCAUAGCAACUACAAGAAGAAUUAGAGAGAAUAUUUGAGUGUUGAUUAUGAUGAAGUGGACAAUACCAUUUUGCAUGUUUGCUGAACACUUUAUAUGAAGUUAAUUGUCAUGUUUUAAUCCACCUUUGAAGAAACAAAUGCACAGGUCAACGAACACAUGGCAAUUGAUGAGAUCAGAACUUCAGCGUUUUGAAUCUACCGAGAUAUAUGUGGUUUUUAUUCAAUGUGACGUGUGUUUUAGGUCUCCGAUUUUUACCUAGUUGCAAUGUGUACUUGAAAAUCUAUAUUUUGCCAUUUAAAGCAAAAAAUAAGCUGUUUCACAUUAAACUUGACUGGUAUUAUGAAUGGUUCAUAAAACUUAGUAAAUCUAAAUCUGGGCACUUUAGAAUCAAUCAUGUGUUUUAAUGUAAGUUUUGUGCUACAACACUGUAAAUAAACCUUAAUUUAUACUGAAGCAUGUCUGAAAAACAACAACUCGUCAUUUAAAAAGAG